GUCUGAGAAUUACCCAUCAAGGAAAAGUAGGAUCAGAGUUCUGGGUUUUGGUUCUAAUAUUCUUUUUCUAGUAUAAAUCUUCACAGGCAAGGCAUGCUACCUGCAACCAUGUCUAAUUCAACUUCUUUAUCUGAGGAAGCUAGUGUUUCUUCUGGUACUAGGUUUCAUGAGUUGAGUAGUAAUUUGAAUCCCGUGUUCCCCAAAAUAAAAAAGAAGAGAAAUCUCCCUGGUAACCCUGAUCCAGAUGCUGAAGUGAUUGCUCUAUCCCCAAAGGCUCUAUUGGCGACCAAUAGAUUUGUCUGUGAGAUCUGUAAGAAGGGUUUCCAGAGGGAUCAGAACCUUCAGCUUCACCGAAGAGGUCAUAACCUUCCAUGGAAGCUAAAGCAGAGAACAAGUAAAGAGAUGAGAAAGAGAGUUUAUGUUUGCCCAGAGCCCUCAUGUGUUCAUCACCACCCUUCAAGAGCUCUUGGUGACCUGACAGGCAUCAAGAAGCACUUCUGUAGAAAGCAUGGGGAGAAGAAAUGGAAGUGUGAGAAAUGUUCAAAGAGAUAUGCAGUUCAAUCAGAUUGGAAAGCUCAUUCGAAAACCUGUGGAACAAGAGAAUAUAGGUGUGACUGUGGAACCCUUUUCUCCAGGAAGGACAGCUUCAUCACUCACAGGGCCUUCUGUGAUGCCUUAGCUGAAGAGAGUGCAAGACUAUCCACAAACCCAUUGGCCACAACAACUAACCCAAACCCUACAACUCCUGUCUUCUCUCCUCCCUUCUCAUACUCAGCCCAGCAACGGCAUCAGCAUCAGCAACAGCAACAGCAACAGCAACAGCAGCACCAGCAGAUGAUGAUGAUGAAUCCUCCCCCUCCAACACGCAUCUCCCUCUCUUCAUGGGACCCACCUCAAAUCAAGGAUGAAAUCCAUAACCCUGAUCAUCAUUAUUAUCAUCAGAUCCCAAGCAUCUCAGCUUCAUCAGGAGUGAUCCCCGAACAGAUGAUGAUCACAUCACCGUUUCAGCAGCUAAACAUGAGCACCACCAACGGUAGUAACAGCGGAGUAGCUCAUUUGUCAGCCACUGCACUACUUCAAAAGGCUGCAAAUGUUGGUGCAGCUGCCAUUACAGGUGCUGCACUAGCUCAAUCAAUGGGUCACAUGGCGUCUUCCUCCAUCACUCAUCUGCUGAAGAUGGACGGCUUCACCACCACCACCACCACCACCACUACAAAAGUAGGUGAUCACAUGGGUGGUGCUGGAAUCUCGCCGGAGUAUAUGGGAUUUGGGUUAGGAAAUCUUGCAACUUGGCGGAAAAGUGACCGUCUGACCAGAGACUUUCUGGGUCUGGCAGAAGAGUGCUGUGGCGGUGACGGUGACUGUGGUGGCGGCGAUGAACGAAUGGAUGUCAACGUUAGAGAUGCGCUAUCCUUCAGUGGUGGAAUUGACUACCCACCAUAUGAACGCGACGGGUCAUUGUUACAGACCCCUACCUCUGGCUUUGGAUUUGCUGAGCAUUCAUCGGAGAGCGAAGCGUGGGGAGACUAUUGAAGCUUCAACCCUUCAACCGGUCGGCGAUUGAAGAAGAAGUGAGUAGGAAAUUAGAAGGAGAAAAGCUUUUUUUUUUUUUUUUUUCAAAGAAGGCGUAGUUAAUGGUAAAUUCCGGUGCUGGAGUCAAGACUAUAAUAACAAAUGUGUCAUUGUCUACAAUUUCAGGUAAAAUUACGAUAAUGCCACUUCUGUCUUAGGUUAUCCAAUCUUAGUUUUCAAUUUUGAAAAA